CAAAGCGAGGCGGUGCCCGUCCUCGCCGGGCCUCUCCUCUCCCCGCCCUUGUGCCGCCGUCAUCCUCCUUUGGGCGUUUCGGCCCGGCCCGCCGGCGGAGCUUGGCUCUCUUCCACACACACAGAGCGGCUCCGCCGCCGCGGGGGCGGGGGUUGCGCGUAGGAGCGGUGUACGAACCUCCGGGCCUUCCCCCCCCGCGGGGCGGAGGCAUCCCGCUGCCCGGGUGACAAAGAGGCGACGGAGCUGUGGCCGCCGGGGCCUUGCUCUCGCGUCAGGUAGAGAACGGAGCCGCCGCGGGGCUCUGGAAGUGUCGGACUCGGUUUCCCGCCUUCCGUUGCCGGCUGAACACCUGCCAAAUUGUUGAUAUUGUUGUUGGAAAAGAUGAGAAAGGCAGAAAGAUUCCAGAAUAUCUGAUCCAUUUUAACGGUUGGAACAGAAGCUGGGAUAGAUGGGCAGCUGAAGAUCAUGUUCUUCGUGACACAGACGAAAACCGCAGAUUACAGCGUAAAUUGGCACGGAAGGCUGUGGCUCGCAUGAGAAGAAAGGGAAGAAAGAAGAGACGUUGCAGGUUGCCUGGUGUUGACUCUGUAUUAAAAAGCCUUCCUGCUGAAGAAAAUGAUGAGAGUAGUGAAAACUCUAUAAGUAGUUCUUCUUCUGAUGACAGUGAUGAAGGAACAGAUGAAGAAAUAAAAAGUGAAGAAAGUGACAUAGAAGAGAGGACAGAAAUGAAAGAAGAACAAGACACUCACACAAAAAGGGACAUGGAAGAUAGAGCAAUAAACAUAGAAAUUCCUGAAGUGUUGAAAAAGAAGCUUGAGGAAGACUGUUACUAUAUUAAUAGAAGAAAGCGGCUAGUGAAGCUUCCUUGUCAGACAAAUAUAAUAACCAUCCUGGAGUCAUAUGUGAAACAUUUUGCUAUUAAUGCUGCUUUUUCAGCCAAUGAAAGAUCUCGUCACCAUCAGAUGACUCCACAUGCUAAUAUGAAUCUUCAUUAUGUGCCACCAGAGAAGAAUGUUGAGAUAUGUAAAGAGAUGGUGGAUGGGCUAAGAAUAACCUUUGACUUCACACUUCCAUUAAUUUUGCUCUAUCCUUAUGAACAAGCUCAAUUUAAGAAGGUCACUUCAUCAAAGUUCUUUCUUCCCAUCAAAGAAAACUCAACAAAUACGAACAGAAAUCAGGAGGAGCUUUCCCCAAGCCCUCCUCUGUUGAAUCCCCCAACGCCUCAAUCGACUGACAGCCAGCCUACAACAGGGGAGCCAGCCACCCCGAAAAGACGAAAAGCUGAACCUGAAAUCCUGCAGUCGCUGCGGCGUUCCACACGCCAUAGCUCUAACUGUGACAGGUUAUCAGAAAGCAGUGCCUCCCCACAACCUAAGCGGCGGCAUCUUGAGACCCCAGCUUCUAUGCCAAAGCUCUUCUUGCACCUGGAAAAAAAAACCCCUGUCCAUAGUGGAUCAUCUUCACCUAUAACUUUGACUCCUAGCAAAGAGGGCAGUGCAGUUUUUACUGGCUUUGAAGGUAGAAGAAACAAUGAAUUGAAUGAGGUUUUGUCUUGGAAAUUGAUGCCAGAGAAUUAUCCACCAAGUGAUCAACCACCACCUCCCUCAUAUAUUUAUGGAUCUCAACAUUUGCUACGGAUGUUUGUAAAGCUACCAGAAAUACUGGGGAAGAUGUGCUUUCCUGACAAAAACCUAAAGGCUUUAGUAAAACACUUCGAAAUGUUUCUGAGGUUUUUAGCAGAAUACCAUGAUGAUUUCUUCCCAGAAUCUGCUUAUGUAGCUGCAUGCGAAGCCUACUACAGUACCAAAAAUCCUCGAGCAAUCUACUGAAGCUUUUAAUAAAGAUUAAAUCCUACUAUACGUAGCCCACGACAAUGCUAUUUUGCCACAUGGCUACAAGAUGAAGAUGAAAAAGAAAUUAAAACAACUUAUGGAGUUGAAAAAAUAGGGAAAUGUCUUCUCUGAUAGUUGGAUUACUAAGAAAUGGAGAACUUCUCAGAGAUGUGUAUAGACUGCAUUGUGAGUUGCUUAGAGGAUUAACUAUAUCUCUGACUUCAGAUGAAUGAAGAAGCCUUGUUCUGACUUCUAAUGCAUAGGACUGCAUAGGACUAUUAAAGAGAAGAGGAGGCAAAAGCAGAUGCAUUAGCAACAGGGCAUUUUCCCGAAGAUAGAUCAUCAAGCUGUAUUUAAUUUUAGCUCAACCUCUCCAACCUGACAAAUAAGACUUGACUACACAGUUACAUGAAGAGAAUGAGUAACUGGUAUCUUAUGGAUUUUUUUUCCCUCACAAAUUGCAGUUCAUUUUGUGGAACUGUCAUGAUAGAAAAGAUUGUUUCAUGUAAAGGUGGUUUUGCUGUUUGGCUAGCAUGACAUCUGCCUCAAGAAUGACUUAGUGGCUUGAAUGAAAGGCGUGUUGCUUACUUUGCAUUUUGCAAAGGUGUGUUCUUUUCAUGGUAAGACUGCCAGAGUUCCAAGGAGACCAUACCUUGCCAGUGAUUCAAAUUUACGCGGCAAUAAAUUAUCUCCAGAGCCAUUAUGAAAGAACUGAUUUUUCUACAGCUAAACAGAGGAAUCAAAAAAGUGAUGGCAGUUUAACUGGCAAACACUUCUUUUCUUAAUAAAGUUCACAGUGGCUGCUGUGUAAAUGUGUGCUUUUGACUGUCUAAAA